UUUUCAACAGAUGUGAAUUAUUAAAAAGAAAAUGGCCCGAUGGUGCCCUGUAUUUCCUUCUCUCGUCACCGAGGAAAGGUAUAAUAUAUGGAAAAUAUGCAUCUAAGGCGAGUUAGAACCAUGCCCCGACACAGCCAGUCCCUGACCAUGGCACCCUACUCAUCUGUAAGCCUAGUGGAACAACUGGAAGAUAGAAUCCUCUGCCACGAGAAAACAACCGCUGCCCUUGUGGAGCACGCCUUCCGGAUUAAAGACGACAUUGUCAGCAGUUUGCAGAAAAUGCAAAACAAAGGGGGAGGUGACCGCCUGGCCAGGCUUUUCUUGGAGGAGCACAUCAGAAACAUCACUGCCAUAGUGAAGCAACUCAAUCGGGAUAUUGAGGUACUCCAAGAGCAGAUCCGGGCCCGGGACAACAUCAGCUACGGAACUAAUUCUGCCUUAAAGACUCUGGAGAUGCGUCAGCUCUCCGGUUUGGGAGACCUUCGGGGGAGAGUGGCAAGGUGUGACGCCAGCAUAGCCAGACUCUCUGCAGAGCACAAAACGACUUAUGAGGGGCUCCAGCACCUGAACAAAGAACAGCAAGCUGCCAAACUUAUCUUGGAAACAAAAAUCAAAGACGCAGAGGGGCAGAUUUCUCAGCUUUUGAACAGAGUGGACUUGUCGAUAUCAGAGCAAAGCACCAAACUGAAGAUGUCCCACAGAGACAGUAACCACCAGCUGCAGCUUUUGGAUACGAAAUUUAAAGGUACGAUUGAGGAGCUCAGUAAUGAGAUUUUAUCUGCACGGAAUUGGUUGCAACAGGAACAAGAACGGAUAGAAAAAGAACUUUUACAGAAAAUCGAUCAGCUUUCCUUGGUUGUUAAGGAAAACAGUGGAGCCAGUGAAAGGGACAUGGAGAAGAAGCUGAGCCAGAUGUCAGCCAGACUUGACAAAAUAGAAGAGAGUCAGAAGAAGAAUAUGGAGGUGCAGAGAACAAAACAGGAAGAGGAGAAGGUUCAUGGGCGCAUCAGCAAGCUGGAGUUACAGAUGAAUGAGGACAUGAAGGAAAUGAAGGCAGAAGUUGACGCUGGGUUUACAGCCAUCUAUGAAAGUAUAGGAUCCCUCAGGCAAGUUCUUGAAGCCAAGAUGAAGUUGGACAAGGACCAGCUGCAGAAGCAAAUCCAACAGAUGCAGAAGCCAGAAGGUCCCAUGUGAAGGGGGCUGGGACAAGGACCUCAAAUGUGGUUUUGCUCGUGGGGCUAGAGCUAGAUACCUGUGUAGCCAGGCUGUCACUGCAUUCGGGAUUGUUCUAUUCAUGGCGUGCAUGUGCCAAGAAAUGUAUUUUCAUGGGUCUAAACGUUUACCUUGAAUCUCAAAAACACUUUUUUUAAAAGUAUGAAAUACAACUUUUACCACUUUA